UAUCGAUUCGUCAGGGCUGCCUGACUACGGGAGUCGGCUUUAUUCUGUCUUCGAUGUUGGACUGCUUCAUACAUUGAUGCCAAAUUCAAAUAGUGGACGGGACCAGCAGUGAGAUGGCUGCUGACGACAAGUCCUCGUCUUCAUCCUCAACGGACUGGAGCGUCGAGCCGCCUGUCCUCUCGCCGGCCAGCCCCUCCCACCUGACCCAGUUCAAACCACUGACCCCGGAGCAGGAUGAUCCUCCCCUCCGCUCCGCGUACAGCUCAUUCGUCAACCUGUUUCGGUUCAACAACAAAGAGGAUGGGCGUCCUCCAUCAACGGUUCCAGAGAAGCCAGAUGUGCCGUCCCCUUCUCCUCAGUCAGAGAGGAGGAGCUGCUCCUCCAGUCCAUCUCACUCCCUCCACGGCACCAGACCGCACCGGAAACCACACUCAGACCACCUCAGACGGACCUCCACUGCCUCAGAUGGCAGCAGGAAAUCAGAUACUCCUCUGAGCAAUCACGACCCGCGCACAGCUGUGCAGCUCCGCACGGCUCUGAAGAGGCUGAAGGAAAUCAUGGAGGGAAAGAGCCAGGACAGCGAUCUGAAGCAGUACUGGAUGCCGGACAGCCAGUGUAAAGAAUGUUACGACUGCAAUGAGAAGUUCACAACUUUCCGCCGCCGUCACCACUGCAGACUGUGUGGUCAGAUCUUCUGCAGCCGCUGCUGCAACCAGGAAAUACCUGGAAAGUUCAUGGGCUACACAGGUGACCUGCGUGCCUGCACGUACUGCCGUAAGCUAGCGCUAAGCUACACUCACUCGGCGGACUCGGGCUCCAUUGGAGAGGACCUGAGUGCUCUAUCCGACUCCCCCUGCUCCGUGUGUGUGCUGGAGCCCAGCGAGCCUCGGACGCCUUCAGGUGGACGUAAGGCCAGCAGGAACAUUUUCCUUGAGGAAGACCUGACAUGGCAGAGAAAAACUCCUCUUGGGAUGAGAAAGAAUAUGAUUCACCAGGAGCCUCAGAACAGCGGCCUCAGCUCCAGACUGACUACGCUGCAGGAGGACGUGGUCAAAUCUCCGGCGAGGAAGAGAUCCGCCAGUGUGACCAACCUGUCUCUGGACCGCUCUGGAUCCUCCUUGGUGCCUUCUUACGACAGCUCGGUCAGCCCGCCCCCUAGCCGAGCCACGUCAGGCCCCAAGAGCGGCCCCAAGCUGGACCACAGCGAGGAGGAGAGGAAGAUCCUGCUGGACUCCUCUCAGCUGAAGGACCUGUGGAACAACAGCACAGGGAUGGAGUUUCAGGAUCACAGAUACUGGCUGAGGACAUACCCCAACUGCAUUGUGGGAAAAGAGCUGGUCAACUGGUUGCUAAGGAACGGAACCAUCUCCACCAGGGCUCAAGCUAUCGCCAUCGGUCAGGCGUUGGUGGACGGACGCUGGCUGGACUGCGUCACCCACCACGAUCAGCUGUUCAGGGACGAGUAUGCUCUCUACCGCCCCCUCCAGAGCACAGAGUUCUCAGAAACACCGUCUCCAGACAGCGACAGCGUCAACUCUCUGGAGGGACACUCAGAGCCGUCCUGGUUCAAGGACAUCAAGUUUGAUGACAGCGACAACGAGCAGCUGGCUGAUGAGGCAGAAUACACCAAUCCCAACUCUGCCAGUCCCAGCAAGAGGACAUCCGUCAGCAGCUUCCAGUCAGUGGUGGACAGUGACUCAGCGGCCUCCAUCAACCUCAACAUGGAGCAAAACAACGUCAACUUCCACAUCAAGAAGCAGUCAAAGUAUCCACACGUGCCUGCUGCCAAUGAGCAGAAAGAAUUUCUAGUGUCUGAGGAUGGAGGACAGAACAUCGUCAUAAGUGAUGCCUUCAUCAAAGAGUCUUUGUUUAAUCGUCGGGUGGAGGAGAAGGCUAAAGAGAUGCUGUUUACUCCGCUGGGUUGGCACCACAGCUCCCUGGAUCAGCUCAGAGAGGAGAACGGGGAGAAGAAGGCCAUGGAGAGGCUGCUCUCGGCCAACCACAGCCACAUGAUGGCGCUGCUGCAGCAGCUGCUCUACAGUGAGUCUCUAUCUCUGUCCUGGCGGGACAUCAUCGUCCCGGUGGUCCGACAGGUGGUCCAGACUGUACGACCCGAUGUUCGUAACUGUGAUGACGACAUGGACAUCAGGCAGCUGGUCCACAUCAAGAAGAUUCCUGGAGGCAGAAAGUUUGACUCGGCGGUGGUAAACGGAUUUGUCUGUACCAAGAACAUCGCUCACAAGAAGAUGAACCCCUACAUCAAGAACCCAAAGAUCCUGCUGCUAAAGUGCUCCAUAGAGUACCUGUACAGAGAGGAGACCAAGUUCACCUGCAUUGACCCCAUCGUGCUUCAGGAACGCGAGUUUUUGAAGAACUACGUGCAGCGUAUUGUAGACGUCAGACCGAACCUGGUGUUAGUGGAGAAGACGGUGUCUCGUAUCGCUCAGGACAUGCUGCUGGAGCACGGCAUCACGCUGGUCAUCAACGUCAAACCGCAAGUCUUGGACAGGGUGAGUCGUAUGACCCAGGGAGACCUGGUAAUGUCCAUGGACCAGCUCCUCACCAAACCCCGACUGGGAACCUGCCACAAGUUCUACAUGCAGCCGUUCACCCUGGCCAACGAUGAAGCGAAGACUCUGAUGUUCUUUGAGGGCUGUCCUGCUCAUCUCGGCUGCUCCAUUAAGCUGCGCGGCGCUGCAGACUACGAGUUGGCUCGAGUGAAGGAGAUCAUCAUGCUGAUGGUGUGCGUGGCCUACCACUCCCAACUGGAGAUCUCUUUCCUCAUGGACGAGUUUGCCAUGCCUCCCAGCAUGGCCCAGAGCACGACGUUCCCCUGCCUGCUGGAGGAGGCCUCUGUUGCGGAGGAGGAGGCGGACGCAGAGAGUGGAGGGAGGGAGACAAACCAGGAGAAAAAUGGAGGGUGUGAAGACUCCGUACAACAUGAGGAGGAAGGUGUUUUCUCUGAGUCUUCAUCCAAAAAUGGAGAUUUGGACUCUCACCGAGACAAAGAGAACCCUAAAUCUCCUCCCUUUGUCCUAAAGGAGGAGACUGGCAACGCAGAGCUAAUGACCUCCCCCAUAUAUUCAAGUCCUCCUGCAGCUCCUCUGGCUGUCUCUCCUCCGUUUCUCAUGGAGGAAGACCAGGAGAUGGACUCCAGCACUCUCAUUGGGGAGUCAGAGGGGGAGACGGUGGAGGAGGGAAUCUUAAUAAAGGAAGAGUCUCUCAAUACUGAGGACGGGGAAGAGACGCCUACUCCCAGGCUGUUCAGAGACCCCCUGCAGGACGACACGGGGAUGUUUGUGGCCGAGCAGGUUGCGUCCACAGACGAUCACCUGAAAUCCAUCUCUGCCGUGUUCAAGCAGGAGCUGAAGGACAUCAUCCUGUGUAUCUCUCCCUUCAUCACUUUCAAAAAACCCUUUCUCCUCACACCUCCUGGCAUGCACUGUCCCAGCAGGGAGUACUUCCCUGAACAGGUCUACGUUUCUCCUCUCCUCGAUAAAGACUUUAAGGAGCUGGACGGGCGCAGAAAGCGGCAGCUCCUCAAAGACUCCGCCCCCUCCUCUGUGGUCAACGGACAGACAAACGGAGCUCCCCAGCCGAGGCCCAUCGAUGUCCUUCCAUCGCACAACCUCACCAGCACCCGCAUCGUGGAGCAUCUGAACUGCAGCCAGGAUCUGGCCAAGAUGCUGGCGGACUACAGAGCAAAGGGGGGCCGUAUCCGUCAGAGGGAACCCACAGACCCGUUCUUCAGCAGUGCCGCUCCUGUCAGUGGCCAGAGUAAGGCGGGAGACGCUGCAGGAAGGCACCCGGUGAAGGCCGACAGUGAGGAGGAGAAGCCAGGCAAACUGAACGAUCUGAGCUGGGCUCCAAAGCUGGACUGCCUGAACCCGGUCAACCAUCAGAGACUGUGUGUGCUCUUCAGCAGCUCGUCCGCUCAGUCCAACAACGCGCCCAACCCCUGCGUCAGCCCGUGGAUCGUCACCAUGGAGUUCUAUGGGAAGAACGACCUCUCUCUCGGCGUGUUCUUGGAGCGAUACUGUUUUAGGCCGUCAUAUCAGUGUCCCAGCGUGUUCUGUGAGACUCCCAUGGUGCAUCACAUCCGGCGCUUCGUGCACGGCAGCGGCUGCGUGCAGAUCGUGUUGAAGGAGCUGGACUCCCCUGUGCCCGGUUAUCAGCACACCAUCCUCAACUACUCCUGGUGCCGCAUCUGCAAACAGGUGACUCCAGUGGUGCCUCUGUCCAACGACUCGUGGUCGAUGUCUUUUGCCAAAUACCUGGAGCUCCGCUUCUACGGCCACCAGUACACCAGGAGGGCGAACGCAGAGCCCUGCGGCCACUCCAUCCACAAAGACUACCACCAGUACUUCUCCUACAACCAGAUGGUGGCGUCCUUCAGCUACACUUCUGUCCGACUGUUGGAGAUCUGUCUUCCUCGUCCCAAGAUCUUCAUCAGGAACCAGGGGCCUUCCAAAAGCAACCUUCAGCAGGACCUGAAGGACUUCUCUCAAAAAGUGAUCCAGGUGUACUUGGCGAUAGACGACCGCCUCACCUCCCUGAAGACCGACACAUUCAGCAAGACUCGAGAGGAAAAGAUGGAGGAUCUCUUCGCACAGAAAGACAUGGAGGAGGCAGAGCUGCGGAGCUGGAUCGACAAGCUUCAGGCUCGGCUCCAGGCCUGCGGUUUAGACUCUCCUCAGCAGCUGCAGGCGGUUCUGGAGUCUCUGGUGAUGAAGAAGCAGAGUCUUUGUGAGAUGCUACAGUCCUGGAAUGGCAGGCUGCAGGAUUUGUUCCAGCAGGAGAAAGGCAGGAAGCGUCUGUCUGUCCCUCCCAGUCCAGGCAGACACAGACAGACCAACGCUGACGAGAGCAAGAGCACCCUGGAUUCGUCCCCUCGUAACCCCUCACCUGUGGUCCAGAACGGUGAGAAAGAGGACCGCCACCUCUGCCCGAUGUCCUCCACCUCCUCCUCCCUGCUGCUCUCCCCGGGAGACCCCUCUGCUGAACCCGUCACACCCGGUCCCUCUUUCUCUGAGCCGGACUCUGUCAGCAUCCCAGAAGACGUGUUUGACGGACACCUGCUGGGCUCCACUGACAGCCAGGUGAAGGAGAAAUCCACCAUGAAGGCAAUCCUCGCCAACUUCCUGCCUGGCAACAGCUACAACGCCAUCCCCUUCCCUUUCGAGCCGGACAAACACUACCUGAUGUACGAACACGAGCGAGUUCCCAUCGCGGUGUGUGAGAAAGAGCCGAGCUCCAUCAUCGCCUUCGCUCUCAGCUGUAAGGAGUAUAAAACCUCGCUGGAUGAUCUGUCCAAGGUGUCGCACACAGGCGGGGACGAGGCUCCGCAGGGUGUCAGUGGUUCAGAGAGUCGAGCUAAAAGCAGCCCAGCCAGACCCAGCGAGUCCACCUCGUCACAGCAGAACCGGAACAGCCUGGACGUCGAUCCCCUCAAGGAUGCAGACGUAGGAGACAAACAGAAGAAACAGACUCUGAAUCCACACAUCGAGCUACAGUUCUCCGACGCCAACGCCAAGUUUUACUGUCGGAUCUACUACGCCGAGGAGUUUCACAAGAUGCGUGAGGAGAUCAUGGAGAGUCCUGAGGAGGAUUUCAUCCGCUCGCUGUCGCACUGUGUCAACUGGCAGGCUCGAGGAGGGAAAUCUGGAGCUGUGUUCUACGCAACAGAAGACGACCGGUUCAUCCUGAAGCAGAUGCCCAGGCUGGAGGUCCAGUCCUUCCUGGACUUCGCUCCUCACUACUUCACUUACAUCACCGGAGCUGUGCAGCAAAAGAGGCCAACCGCGCUCGCCAAGAUCCUGGGCGUCUACAGGAUCGGGUACAAGAACUCUCAGAACAACACGGAGAAGAAACUGGACCUGCUCGUCAUGGAAAACCUUUUCUAUGGACGCAAGAUGGCUCAGGUGUUUGACCUGAAAGGCUCCCUGAGAAACCGGAACGUGAAGACCGACUCGGGGAAGGAGAGCUGUGAGGUGGUCCUGCUGGACGAGAACCUCCUGAAGCUGAUCCACGACAAUCCGCUCUACAUCCGCUCCCACUGUAAGGCCAUCCUGCGGGCCGCCAUCCACAGCGACGCCUACUUCCUGUCCAGCCACCUCAUCAUCGACUACUCGCUGCUGGUGGGGCGGGACGACGCCACCGACCAGCUGGUGGUCGGGAUCAUAGAUUAUAUCCGGACGUUUACCUGGGACAAGAGACUGGAGAUGGUUGUCAAAUCCACUGGAAUCCUGGGAGGUCAAGGGAAGAUGCCCACCGUGGUCUCCCCGGAGCUGUACAGAGCUCGAUUCUGCGAGGCCAUGGACAAAUACUUCCUGAUGGUACCGGAUCACUGGACCGGCCUGGGCAUCAACUGCUGAGCGGUGCGUUCAAGGCUCAAAGGUCAAAGGUCCACGUGCAGAGACAACCAAAACAGAAACACACUCCCUGUCUGACUCUCUCAGCAGCGAUUUCAGUUUCCGGGUUUGGACCAACAAGCACACACUCGUGAAGCAUGAGUACAGAAUCAUUCCACACAGCAGCUCCGACCUGCAGCUGCUGACUUCUAACACGACGUAGAUUCGUUUUAACCCGGGCGGGGGGGGGGGGUGUCUUAAUGCAGGAUGAUCCGAUUAUAAUUCGACCCCCCCCCCCCCCCCCUUUGGAUUUUUAUUUCCUUUUAAUAGUGCCAUCAGUCCGCCUGUUUCAAGAGGAGCGACUGAAAACAUUAUCGGUCGUAGUUUGGUAAACAAACUCAUCUGUGUAAUUUAAAGUUUGUAAAUGUACAGAGAUUAUGAAAGUAUUAAAAAGAUUAUUAAUGCUGAUUUGUCAGAGCGAA